AUGGAUACAAAUCAGCAAAAUCGAAACAUUUGUCAGCUGUUGGUAUUUGGUGCACGAUACGAAUAUGUUGACGACGGCAAGAACAAUUCUGCUUCUCCGCUCGGAGCUCGGUGUUUAGUGAAGAAGGUCGAACUCGAUACCGGUUGUCCUAAACUAAGGUUCAAGGACGCGAACCGGGAACCUCCGAAAAAUCUAACGGCAAAAUUUACUUUACGGGCAUACGUGUUCGAAGAAAAUGGUAGUAAAUCAACGGCGUUUAAUUUAAGCGUUACCGACCCAGAUUUCUAUGGUCUGGAUACGUGUUAUAAAAAUCUAUUGAACGAAAGCCAAUCGGCGUAUAGAAACAUAACGCUUAACAACGAUAGAUCAGAUAACAGGGAAUUGUACGUCUCUUGUCCAUUUAGCGGCAUAACUUACGAAACUCUUCCUUACAAGUUAGAGUACGUCGUAACCGGGGAAGGAUACAAGUACGGUAAACGAUACAUUUUCAUCGUACCUAGGUAUAAAAAUAUCGACGAAGGCGUGAAAUUGAAGGACUAUGAGCCGUUCGUGUAUAUAGAUGUUAGCUACGAACCAUAUUUUUCGUUGCACGUUCAACCUUUACCGGAAUCGUACAACGUAACACAGUACAGAAUUUGGCGGAUUAACAACGACACCGAUUCCGUGACUAACACCGUUCAAUUGUCCGCUUCGGACGACCAAGAGAUUAUGUACGAUUUUACCGAACACGCUGGUACGUUUUAUUUCAAAGUUUCUGCCGUACAUCCGGACUGCGGAGAAGAUGGAUGCGCGAACAGCACUACACCUUGCAUCGUUAUACGAAACACGUACAACCGUCUUUUGAUCAUGAUCAUCAGCACCGUGUGGAUCCCACCCGUAACGCUGUACGUGUUUUAUCAUCUUUACAAAUUGUACCAGAAGGUGAAAAUAAAGAGAGAAAGACCAAAAUGUUUGUUGGUAUAUUCGCCGAGUCGUCUGUCGCACGUAAACGUGAUGCUCCGGUUGGCCGAAUACUUGAAAGCUUGUCACGUAAAUGCCAUGAUAGAUGAACCCGAUAUCACGGAUACCGCCGGAAAAGAUCCGAAGCAGUGGUUCGACACCGCUUUUAGAAAAGCGGACGUCGUACUCGUCGUAACGUCUCCGCCGGUUAAGAAAUCUGCCAUGAGCGCUUAUCGAAGUACCGACGAUCAUUUUCUAAGACUGAACAAGGAGAAUAUAUCGUUAAAGGACAAAAGGUAUUAUAUCGUCCACUUACCGUAUUGUAAAGUAGACGACGUACCCGAAGAGACGAGACACUUGAGGAGAUUUCGUUUACCGGAAGAGUUACGGAAACUCGUGAAAAUAAUUCACGAGAUGGAACGCGCGAGAUGCUUUCCAUUCGCGUCCGAUAAAGAGUUGUUGGGCAGCGUGAAGUUUGCGGAACGCGAAAUAUCGAGAGAAGACGCGAGCGUCUCGGCAGAGAAGCUAGAAACCGGGAACCAGGAAGGUACAACACUGCCAAGCCGUCUUAUUUCCACGUCGGCCAUAUCUAGCGAUAACGCGACACCCCGCUCGUACGAGAUCGUUCUCGACAAUUUCGAUUUAUUAAGAGAAAACGGAGAGGACGAACGCGUGCGUCUCUGCAAAUCAUCGACGAUCCGCGACAACGCGUUCAAUAUAAAUCUACUGGAUUUGUAAUUUCUUUGCGAGCCAAUUUUUUCAGACGCGUACUUUUGUACAUGUACCGAUUUUUUUUAUCUUUUGUCAAUGAAUAUCAAUAUUUUUUUAUUAUAGUACAA